UGGUUUCUUGCAUUAUGUAAUGAUGAAAUAAGUAUAAUUGUUUGUCAGUGUCAAACCACCGCUCGUCAGUGAAACAUAUGGCUCUACAACGAGACAAAAAUAUGCGUCCUUAAAGAUUGAAACUUUUAAACUUUUACCAGAAAACGUGCUGGGAACUUCAAUCUAGAAAAUGAAGAUUUUAGAAGCUUUAUCAUUUGGUUUGGUAGUGCUUUCAGUGAUUCUCUCUGGUGUCGACAGUAUUAAAAUAGCUCCUCCUAAUCCACCACAACACCCCUGCCAUAGUAUCAGAUGCGCCCCUGGCCAUUCAUGUACUCUGACUCGGCGCCCCUGUCUUCCAUUCAUGAGGUGUGGAGAAGUUCCCUCCUGUAUACCUACAUCCAACAUUCAGAGAAGAAAAGACGACCCUUCCAGUUUUCAGGCAUAUUGGCAUUCCAAACAAAGCAAAACAAAUGUUCAUACAGCCUCUAAUUCUGCAGUCAGCAGUAUAGAUAGACCGGAGAAGAACAUUAAAGUUCUGGUUAAAGGUCUCUCUACACCAACUAUAGUUCAGAAACCAUUUGUUGAGAAAUCUGGGAUGAAACCUAUAAACCCAACAACAGUCCUGAUAGAUAGAGAACAGGCAAGACAAGACCCUCUCGUCUUCCUGUCUACCAAGGAGUUAAUUGCUAAAAAGAUGGAUUCAGACCGUGAUGUUGACCAGAAUAUGAAACAAGACAGAAUUCUAUCUCUCUUCCAUACUUUAAGGCAUGCGAAACCAUUCUUCAGAGUUUUAGGACCGGGACUCAAACAGAAACUGGGAACUAGAAGAACUGAUAUUGACCCGGAGUUUAUGACAAGUGAGGGAUUAAAACAACCUCAGCCCAACAUACAGGACGAAUAUGGAACUUUGGCACGAAAGCAGGAAACCAUUCUUGAUAUUUCACAGAACAAGAAUAGGGAAGCCGAAUAUAAAGAAGCAAUGAAGGUUCUUCUAAACCAAGCGGAAACUAAUAAAGUUGUUCUCAAGUAUGAUGGCUUUGAACCAAAAGAAAAAGAAAAAACGAAAGAAAAAGUAAAGAAAGCUUUGUUGAACGUUGGAUCAGGGGCUCCUCACAGUUUACAAGAAUACUUGGAUAACAAAUAUUCAAAAUAUCCAAAAAGAUCUUCGCCACUCGUCCUUUCAGGACAAAAGUCCAAAAAUAGGUUGGAUACCUUCCUUCCGUUCAAACCCAACCAAUUUAACCAUCAACCAAGACCAAAUGUUCCUAAGUACCCUGGUCCAAAAGUAAAUAAAUAUUUAAUAAAACCAAUUAAACAAAAUAUUCAUUUGAAUGAAGUUGCAGCAAAUGCAAACGUACUUUCUUCGUUAAAUUUUGGCAUUCCAUCCGUCCCAUCUCCAGGUUAUAGACAAUCAGGUCUAGCUCUAGGUGCAAAACUAUCCGUCCCAUCUCCAGGUUCUAAACUAUCAGUCCUAGCUCCAGGUGCAAAACCAUCCAUCCUAGCCCCAGGUUUAUCCGUCCUAUCUCCAGGUGCAAAACCAUCCAUCCUAGCCCCAGGUUCUAGACUAUCCGUCCUUGCUCCAGGUUCUAAACAUCGUACUGGAGAUAAAACCUCUCUUCAUCUCGGCGCAGAAUCAAGGGAAGGAUUAGAUCUAGAAAACAGGGUCAUGUCAAAGCCUGAUUUUCCUCUUCUCAACAUGAAGAUUAUCGAAGGGGAACUAGGAAAGAUUAAGGUGGCAAACCUCUCCCAUACUCUGAGAGAAAUGUGGAUGGACUUAAAACAGAAUCAGAAAAUAUUACAGAAGAUGCCUCAACAAGAAAUCCGACAGACACAGCAGCACUCUGACCAGCCUAAAAAGAUGACAGAGCUCGAUCACAUUUCUGAAACCCCAAUCACAAAAUCAAACUUUUUUGAUCUCAAUAAAUCUUCUGAAGUAGUAAAUGCAGAUGAGAAUGAAGAAUCUAAAACUGCCGAUGAAUGGUGGAAGAAUAAUGAAAUAUGGCCGAAAAGAGUAUUAGCUGUUCAAACCAAUGCUGUCGGGAAAAGAAAUACAGCUGAUAAAGACGUAGAUGGAAAUGUAAACAAUAGUCAAAAACGUUUUGGACUUGCCAAUUCAAAUCCUUCUGGCGCUGGAAACUUCGAAACUGUAAGACACGAAGAAAACGAACAAGAAAAUAAUGUGGAUGGAAAAGUUCUGGAACAUUCUUUACCAGAAAUUUACAAAAUGGACGACACAAGAUAUGUUCCAAAGAAGCAUAGAAUAUCCUUAGAAGAAUUUGAUGACCUAAGAAAGUUUGUGGAUUCAGAAUAAAAAUUCCGACUGCAACAAAAUAAAAAACCUUUUAACUAUUGAAUGAAUAAUGAAAAUUUUCUUUUUCUAGAUUUUGCUCUUAAAUCACAUUUGUUUCUUGCCAUGAGUAAAACUGUUUUAACUCUAGUUCUUAUUAAAGAUGUUGUUUUUUAAGAAAUACUAGCUGAAAGGCCCGGCAUUGCACUUAAAAUUUUUUUUUUGUUGAAAAAAUCGUUUUUUAGCCUAUAUCACCCCCAGGCUGCCCAUGAGUGUCCACAAAAAAUGUCUGCCCAUUCGGUCCAGCCGUUUGGCCGGCCAGAGGGAACAUGUAUAUGAAUG